AUGGCGGAUGCAGCAGCAUUUACAGCAGUCAUUAACCAAGCAGUAGAGAUAGGCGCCAAUCUGAUUGUGGAAACAGGCUCACGCUUGUAUCACUUGAAGGAGAACAUAGAAUGGAUUGAAAGGCAGAUGAGACACUUCAAAUCAUGUCUCAAUGAUGCCGAGUCGAAGCAAGAUGGAAGGCACGAAGUAGCUAACUUGAUAAUUGACAUGAGAAAUCUUGCACUUGACAUCGAGGAAAUUUUGGAUACUUACCUUCCAGAGAUUGCAUCACACGAGAAAAAGGGGCCAGUUCGAUUCAUUAAGCAUGCUGCUUGUAUACUAUGUUAUGGUGCCACUGCCAAUACCUUUGCCCUGGAAAUCGAGAAAAUCAAGAGACGGGCCCAAGAAAUUGAAGCUGCUAGAGAAAGAUGUCAAGUAUAUGCUGAUAGGGAUGAAGGUAAUGGAGAUAAGGAUGUAUGGGAUCGAAGAAAAAAAUUCUUAGAUGUCACAGAUUCAAUAUUUGUUGGUCGUGAAGAUACAUUGCAGGAACUCGAGGAAAAAUUGACGAGCUCAAACUCAGAGUGUAAAAUGAUAUGUGUUGUAGGGGAUGCAGGUGUUGGCAAGACUACUGUUGUUAAAAAAAUAUAUAAAGAAAUGCAAAAUGAUUUUACUUCUUCAGCUUUAGUCUAUGUCUCAAAUGAGCCUAGAGUCCAAGAGCUUCUACUUGAAAUAGCAAAGCAAGUUGGCCUUGAAGAGGAAAAGUGGAAGGAAAAUUUGGAGGUAAACUUGCAUUCUCUGCUCAAUGAAGAAAGGUUCUUAAUUUUUCUUGAUGAUAUUUGGACAAAUACAGCAUGGGAUGAGUUAAAAAAGGUUAUCCCCAUCAACUCAAGAAAUCAGAGCAGAGUUAUCAUUACUUCUCGGUAUACUGAUGUGGGCAGAUAUAUUGGUGGUGAAGGCUCUUUGAUUAAAGUGGAACUCUUAGAUGAAGAAAAGAGCUGGGAACUCUUCUGCAAGCUGAUCAAAUCUUCUUCAGAAAAUACGAAUGAGAUAUUUCCUCCAAUGGAACUGGAAGAUAUCGGUAGGAAGAUAGUAAAACGAUGUGGCGGCUUGCCACUAGCAACUACUGUUGCAGCAGGUAUGUUGCGGCAGAGAAGAAGAGAUAAAUGUAAAUGGAAUGAGGUGCUUGAUAUCUUGAGCUCAAGUGCUGAAAAUAGUUGUUCAGAAAUCUUGUCCUUAAGUUACAAAGAUUUACCUCAAGACUUUAGGCCUUUCUUGCUUUACUUUGGUCUCUUCCCAGAAGAUCAAGAAAUUUUUGUGUCUGAGUUGGUCAAGGCUUGGGUUGCCGAGAAAUGGAUCCAGGUUGACGGAAUUCGAAAUCCUGAUGAUAUUGGAGCUGCUAAAUUGCAAAUGUUAAGAGAAGAAUUGUCUUUGAUUCCUAAUGAGAUAGGAAACCUGAGUAGCUUGACUUACAUUAAGUUGAGUGGGAGUUUUAAAAGGAUGCCUUCAAGCAUAAUGAAUCUCAAGAAAUUGGUGACAUUGGAUAUUAAACGAGCGACUUUUGGUGUUUUUCCAAGAAAUAUUUUCAGGAUGAAGUAUUUGAAGCAUUUACUCUUCUGCCGUUCAUAUUUGACUCUGACUAACAUGUGCACAAAUUUGUAUGUCGGAAAUGAGGUGUAUUUGCUGAAUAUAGAAACUUUGGAUGGGUUCCCUGGUAACAUUUUCAAAGCAAGCUCAUUAAAAAAACUCACCAACUUGAAAAAGCUGAGGAUAGAUUGGUUAAAUGACCAACAUGUUGAAGUAACAUGUGGUACAACACCCAUAUCGAAGAAGCUCGAAGACUUGCGGUUGGGAUUCGAUAAGGAGCUUAAGAGAUUAAACUUGUCCCACUAUGACCAUCUUGCCAAGUUGCAUCUGUGCGGUACACCUAAUUUUCCAUUCAGGCUUGAAACCAUUGAAUUCCCUCCAAACCUUGCUAAAAUUACCCUUCAUCAUUUGAAAUUUACUGAGGACCCAAUGAAAGUACUAAAGGAACUACCCAAAUUAGAGAUCCUUAAUUUGAAAAAUUGUGAAUUUGCCGGGUCGAUCACGUUGGAUUUCUCAGGAGAAAACAGCUUUCCAGAGCUUCAAGUGUUGGCAAUUUUUAAGGGAUUUGGAAAAGUUCCGGAGUUGAUUGUGGAUCAAACAGGGAUGCCAAAGCUUUACAAACUAGUAUUGAAGAGGGAUAACAGAACAAAGUUGUUUUCUUCAUAUCGCCAACAAGAGGAAGUGUAUUAA